AUGUCAGGAAUUGUUAGUUUGAAACAGAGUUACCUCAGCAAAAUCAUUAACAAAACAACAAACAGGAUGUUCCCAAUUUUCAUUGCUGAAUUCAUUCCAAAACAAUAUUCUCCCUGUGACAAGGAGUUCGAUAACUUUCCAACAUGUGUUGCUGCAGUUGAUAGCUCUACUAUUCCUUUUACCGUUCCUCUUGAUCUUGCUGAGCGUAAAAGUUCAUGGGAUGCUAAAAACCAUUGCAAUGGUAUGAAGGUUCAAGUUCUUGUUAAUCCUUUAGGACAGGUAAUUCACAUGAAUACAAGUUUUUUAGCUUCAGUUCACGAUAAGAAAGUAUUUGAUUUAUCAGGAGCUUCAGAUUUUUUACAUGUCCAACGUGGAGUUGAAUCUGUUGCAUUAGGACUUCUUGCAGAUAGAGGUUACAUCGGUAUUCAGAAAUACCAUCCAACAGCCGUCAUUAUGCAAAGAGGUGAUGACGAAGAAGUUACAAAACGCAAUAAUGCGAUUGCACAUGAUCGCCAAAUUGUCGAACGCCGCUUUGCACGCGAUAAAAGUAAUUGGAGUGUCUUGGCAAUAGGAUAUCGUGGUGAAAAAGGCAAUCUUCCACUUAUUGUUCAAGGAUUGUUUGCUUUAGAUAACUAUCACAUCGAUUCCACACCUCUCAGUGAGAAGGAUAAUUGCGAUUUUCCUUGCACUCCAAAAGAUGAAAAAGAAGCUGCAGCAACACCAGAACCAAAUGGUUCAGGAAGCCCAAUGCCAAAGCUUAUUCGACAUCUCCAAAAUGCUCCAUUACAUCUUUUCUGA